AUGGGUGAUUGUAAGAAAAAGCUGUUUUCAUGGUGGAAAUCAUCAUCAUCAUCAUCAUCUUCCUCAACUACAAGGCUACUGUGGCUCAUAGCUCCAUUUUUCGUGGUGUUUGGAUUUGUGGCUUUAGUGGGUCCAAAGGCCUCCAAUUGGGUCUUUGCUUCUGACUACUAUCCAUGGGUAUGGAGUUCUGUUAUUUCAUCAUCAUCUUCUUCUGUAACUAUGAAUCCAAAUUUUACAGAGGGUCCUAUUUCAUCACCAAAAGAACGUAGCUCGCUUUUAGAUUUGCCAAGAAUGGUGGGUUCUAAUCAUAUAGAAGAGGCUCUCUCAGAUGAUUCUCUUCUUAAUCGCUCUUCUUCACCACCACUUGCUGUAGAAGCCAUAGAAAUCCAACAACCAGUUGAGAAGAAGGAACAGAUCUUGAAUAUUACUAUGAAUGUUUCCUACUCCAUUCUUUCAACAAAUGUAUCUCAUGAUCCGCCCAUGACUUUGCAACGACGAGGAAAGAACAUCAAAUUAGAGAGGCUUGAAGCAGGUCUAGGACGAGCUCGGGUUGCAAUUAGAGAAGCUAAAAACGGAAAUGUAACGCUAGACGACCCUGACUACCUUCCAAGAGGUCCAAUCUAUUGGAAUUCCAAUGCCUUUCACAGGAGCUAUUUGGAAAUGGAAAAGCAAUUUAAGGUGUUUGUAUAUGAAGAAGGAGAGCAACCAAUUUUUCAUAAUGGCCCAUGUGGUAGCAUAUAUGCAAUGGAGGGAAAUUUUAUUCAUAAGAUGGAGUUUUGCCGCUUUCGGACCAAAAACCCCGACAAAGCCCAUGUUUAUUUCCUUCCUUUCAGUGUGGCACAAAUGGUUCACUUUCUUUAUGUGAGCAACUCGCAUGAUUGGCGUCCCAUGAGACAAACAGUUAAAGACUAUGUCAAUCUUAUUGCCGGAAAAUACCCCUAUUGGAAUCGAAGCCUCGCAGCCGACCACUUCAUGCUUGCUUGCCAUGAUUGGGGGCCUGAGCUUUCCUUCACGGUUCCCCACCUACACCAAAACGCUAUUCGGGCUCUAUGUAACGCAAAUACAUCGGAAAAAUUCAACCCAGCCAAAGAUGUCUCCUUCCCUGAAAUCCAUCUCCCAGGAGGCAGAACCACUGGAUUGCUCGGUGGUCCAUCACCUUCGCGACGUCCAGUGUUGGUUUUCUUUGCUGGAGGGGUUCAUGGGCCGGUUAGACCAGUCCUCCUAGAACAUUGGGAAAACAAGGACGAAGAUGUCCAGGUCCACAAGUACCUCCCGAAGGGCGUUUCAUACUUAGGUAUGAUGAGGAAGAGCAAGUACUGCAUAUGUGCAAGUGGUUAUGAAGUGGCGAGCCCAAGAAUGGUGGAGGCACUCUACACGGGUUGUGUUCCGGUUCUCAUUAAGGACCACUAUGUGGCACCAUUCAGCGAUGUUUUGAACUGGAAGUCAUUCUCUGUCGAAAUUCCAGUGAAGGAAAUCCCCAACCUGAAGAAAAUCCUAAUGGGCAUCUCUCAGAGACAGUACAUAAGGAUGCAGAGGAGGAGUGUCCAAGUUAGAAGGCAUUUCGAGAUCAAUUCGCCUCCCAAACGGUACGAUGUUUUUCACAUGAUACUUCAUUCAGUCUGGCUUAGAAGACUUAAUGUUCGAGUUCAUGACAUUCAGAGUUCAUGACUGCCUCGUAAAUUCAAUAAUGACAAGCAUAUUGUUUAAGAGACAAACCUAGCAGAUUGUGUAGAGAGGUACUUCUAUGUUGAAUGUAUUAAAUUUGUGCAAAUUUGUUUCUUUUGAUA